ACAACCUCCCCCUUUCUGGUGUGCAGGGUUCCCCCAUAUGCAGGGAUCGAAGUGCGGAUCGCGCAUUUUCAGCCACCGAAACUCUCCCGUCUGUCUCCGUUGAUCCAUGAAACACAAACCGACUCUUUACGCGCGGAAAAAUAUAUAAAACGAGUAUGAAGGGAAUGACCCACCUCUGGACCCUCAUGCCUGCAUUACUGCUGAUGCUUUCGCUAGUCACCGAAAGGCUGAGCAGCCAUCCAGGAAAUGGCAAUGAAGUCCUCAAAGAGAUGGAGACCGAAUUCAACAGAAGCCGGAAUCUGGAGAUUGAGAAUGUGAUCAGAAAUAUCUCGGAUGUGAUGCAGAGUUAUGCAGCGACCACUUCUCCAACCAUCGCCAUGUCUCCUCCAAGCUCUACUCUUGCUCAGUGUCCAGGAAACCAAGUGACGCAGGAGGGCAGUGCUGGCUGUGGCUGUCCAUCCGGAACAGUACAGAGCGGGGAAAACUGUACUUGCCCUGUGGGGUUUGCUCUGCAGGGAGCAGCUGAGUGUAAAGAUGUUAAUGAGUGUGAAGGAGAAGGACCAGGGCCAUGUGGUCUCCAUGCCAGCUGCACUAAUACCCCCGGCUCAUACUCAUGUUCCUGUCUCCGUGGCUACAUGAUGGGUUCAGGAGGGUGCCAGGAUAUAGAUGAAUGUGCUCUGGCUGCAGUCACGGGCCUGCAGGCCUGUCAGAAAGGGGCUGAAUGCAAAAACACCCCCGGUUCCUUCGCCUGCUCGUGCCCAGUGGGAUAUGUGAGGGCUUUGAAUGGGAAAGACUGUAUAGAUGUAGACGAGUGCAGCUUUGAGAAGCAGUGUCGCCGUGAACUGGGAAACAUAUGUGUGAAUACUCCUGGCAGUUUUCUGUGCCAGUGCCAGCCUGGCUUCAGAGCUGAGACCCCUACCUGUGUUGACGUGGAUGAAUGUACUGAGAGUCCCGGGUUGUGCAACGGUCAGGGUGUGUGUGAGAACACGCUCGGGAGCUACAAGUGUAUGUGUCGACCCGGUUACCAGGGAAACGGCACACACUGCGAAGAUGAAAAUGAGUGUUUAUCAGGUAGACACAGGUGCGACACCAAUGCUCGGUGUGGCAACAUCAUCGGCUCAUACUUCUGCCAGUGUUACCAGGGCUUUAAUGGAGAUGGGCAGGCUUGCUUUGAUGUUGAUGAGUGCCUUCUUAACAAUGGCAACUGUGAACACAACUGCACCAAUGAAUUUGGAGCGUACAGCUGCCAGUGUGCUGCAGGCUAUCAGCUCGACAAGGAUGGACAUAACUGCACAGAUGUGGAUGAGUGUUCAGCUCCAAAUGGGACCUGUGAGCACUUCUGCAUCAACACUGUGGGCUCUUUCCGGUGCUCCUGUAAACCAGGCUACCAGCUGCACAUUGAUGGUUGCACCUGUGUAGACAUCGAUGAAUGUAAACUCCAGAAUGGUGGAUGUUCUCACACCUGCACCAACUCUCCUGGGGGAUUCACCUGCCACUGCCCACGCCCCCUGUUGUUGGACUCUGACAACCUCACCUGCCGCAAUGCUACAUCUUGUAAGCUGAGAAACGGAGGCUGCGACCAUCUAUGUUCACUCAGAGCUGAGGGUGAAAUCCAGUGUAGCUGUCGAGCAGGUUGGAAGUUGGGGGAUGACCGCAAGAGCUGCAUUGAUGUGAAUGAGUGUGUAGACUUUACAAACGGAGGAUGUGAGCAGCUCUGUGUGAACCUUCCUGGUGGGUUUAACUGCACCUGCAGGGAGGGGUACGAAGUUCGAACUGAUGACCUCACCAGGUGUAGACCUGUGUGUGACCCCCCAUGUCAGAACUAUGGAGUCUGUGUCGGGCCAAACAGCUGCGUCUGUCCUCCAGGCUACCCUGGAGUGGGCUGCUCAGCCAUGUGCUCUCCACCCUGUGCUCAUGGAGGAACAUGCAUGAGAUGGAACAUGUGCGUGUGUCCCUCUGGUUGGACAGGAGCAGGCUGCCACACAGCUGUGUGUGAGUUGCCGUGUGCUAACGGCGGUCGCUGUGUAGGCCCCAAUACCUGCCAGUGUCCCUCUGAUUACACGGGCCCCCAGUGUCUAGUGCCACUUUGCACUCCAGCCUGUCAGAACGCAGGAAGAUGUGUGGAUGUUAACAAAUGCACGUGUGAGGCUGGAUGGCAAGGAGCACGAUGCCAAAUUGAACCCAUCCAAUGUCAGAGAUCAUGUAGGAAUGGAGGCAUGUGCGUGGGCCUCAACAGAUGCCGCUGCGCCAAAGGAUUUACCGGCAGUCUCUGUGAAACAGCUGUAGCCACGCGAUGUGUCCCACCCUGUCAACAUGGAGCCACGUGCAGCCCGCACAACACCUGUACCUGUCCAGAAGGCACCGCAGGCCUGCGCUGUGAGAGGCUGACAUGCCCUGUUGUCACCAUGAUGGUCAGUGCAGCUCGUGCUGUGAGGAAAGCUUUCAAGGAGAGCUAUGUCGAUCGCUGUGGACCCCUGGGAGUUCAGCUUUGCACUAAAUACAGGAUAAACCAGGCUCGUGUGUACCUGCAGGCCUACAGGGUUGGCUACAAAAUCCAGUGUCCUGGGAAGAAGAAUACAUAAGCUGAACAUGAAACAGGGACAGUCACUCAGCAUCUGCAGAACAAAGCAUUUUGGUUUCUGUGUGAAUGUUGAAAGACAUUAGAAGCAGAAAACCUUUACUGACAAGUAAUGCUUACAAUUAUAAGGACAUUGUUUUGGUAAUUAGGUGCUACACACAGACAAACAAAGUUGUCAAUUGACUGAAUUCAGAAAAUAUCAGAACUGUGGAAUUAAAGGGAACUGUUAAUAGAAACUAUACUAAAAAAAAAAUCACCUGACUUCCUUAGAAUAUAGAAUUGACUGAGUUCAUUAUUAGUAAUGACUUGCUUUUAAAUGGCAGCUUUAUGCUUCAGUGAAUGUGGACUGUCAGUGUACAGCUAAAGAUGUCUGGUCUGUUUGAUAAAGCUGACAAGCUUCAAAUAAAAUCCCCACUUUUUUUUUUUAUCAUACAUUGAUUUAAACAGUCAUAAAAAUUUAAUGAACAGCUGAAAGACUUUUAGACUAGCAGUUUCUCACUCGCUGCACAGCUAUUUGCAUGGUACCAAUCCAUGCCUCCUUAUCAGAGAGGGUACAAUCUCCUCAGAAUGUGGAAAUAUCUUCUGUCUCCUACUGAGAAACUGCCACAGAGAGUAAAGAUUGAUUGUACAGGAUGUUGGGAAAGAAAAAAAAAACUCAGCUGCUGGGAGCCUCUAGCAGCAAACAUGAUGGUUCCAGUGCUGAAUGUUUGUACUUUCUAUGACAUGGAAAAGCAGUGUUGCUUUCUUUUUAUUACAGCUCUUCUUUUUAACGCAUUUGUAGAUAUUUCAUGUUGAUUUAUUGCUAAGAGUACUCUUUAGUCCAUCACAUCCUCUUUUAGCAGAUAUGAAAAAAGGAAGUUCUGCAUCAAGGAUAUGAGAAAGAAGAGAGAAGAAAAUGCUCUGUUCUUUAUACCAUUAGGACAGUACAACUGUUAGGUUUUACAAAUUAAAUGCUCUCUUAAAACAAAGCCUUUAAGCUGCUGUCAAACAGUUUAUUGGACUAUUUUUGUUUUAUUUAAAAAGCUUUUUGCGUGAAAAAAAUAGCAUGAAUAUAUGAUGGUUUUCUUUAAAGCUUGGCCAGAACCAAUGUAUGUGUAACAUAUCCAUUUGCUGCUUACUGAAUCUCUGAUCACUUGGACCUAACUGUCCUGCACAUCAGUUGGUGACAUUUUAGUUGUUUUCUACAUGCAGGAACAAAAUAUUCUCCAAACAGAACCUGCAGCCACAGCUGUGCUGAAGUGGACAAGCAUGCUGCAAUUUUAAACUUAUGCAGGACCAAUAGUUUAGCUAUCCAAGAUACUAAUGUUUCCUAAAGGGACUAAUUAUCACUAAUGUGAGUAUCAAUCAUUCUGUCUGUUAACAGUAAUAUUAAGAAAAGUGUCAUCUAAAUAAUUUCAUAUAUCAAAUUUAUAAACCU